AUGAUGACUGCCAUCUUGCGCGCGGCUUGUCCGUGGCAUGGUCGUCUCUGUUGCGCGUGGCGCUCUCCGCGGCCGCUGGACCGUGUCUUGGAUCUUAUUGCUUUGGCCGGCGACUUCAGCCAAACUCGGCUGGCGCCCGGGGCCCGCCGCAGCCUUUCAACCCGGCCGCACCUCGGUCGUUUGGCGCUCCCGGCCAAGCGCCACCGCAGCAGUACGGCGCUCCGGGCCAAGCGCCACCGCAACAACUCGGCGCUCCUGGUCAAGGACCUCCGCAGCAGUUCGGUGGCCCGCGUGGCCCGCCGCAGGUCGCGGCCCCGCAGCAGUUUGGUGCUCCCGGCCAAGGACCCCCUCAGCAGUUCGGCGGCCCUGCGCGCGGCCCGCCACAGAUGGGAGCGCCACCUCAGCAAUAUGGUGCGGCGCCGCGAGGGCCGCCUCAAGUGGGCGCACCUGGCCCGGAUGCUGGCCUGA